AUGCAGAACACGGUGUGGGACAGCCUUCCAGAAACCAAGUCCUUCACCGGACACAUGCUCUUCAUUGAAGAGGAUCACCUGCUCUUCAAUGUCCCUUACCCUCCUGCGUGUACCGCCCCCCCUUCCUUGUCUUCACCACCCAACUUCCCUCUCAGAAACCACCUCAUUUACCGCCCACAUGCUCUUCAUAGAGGAGGGGACCACCUGCUCUUCCCCAACGUGCUCGCCCAUUUGCACGCGCUCAUACGUCACCACUGGUGGUGGAUGCAGAACACAGUGUGGGACGGUCUAUCAGAGACCAAGUCUUUCACCGGCCACAUGCUCUUUAUCGAAGAGGACCACCUGCUCUUCCCCAACGCUCUCGCCCAUCUGAAGGCCCUCAUACAUCACCACUGGUGGUGGAUGCAGAACACGGUGUGGGACAGCCUUUCCGAAACCAAUACCUUUACCGGCCACAUGCUCUUUAUCGAAGAGGACCACCUGCUCUUCCCCAACGCUCUUGCCCAUCUGACCGCCCUCAUACAUGUGAAGAACACGCGGUGCCCCGAGUGUGUGGCAGUCACGCUCGCGCCGUCGAACGUGAAAUCCCGAGGGGAGAACGGGCUGAGGGCGUUUGUGCGCGAGAGGAUGGGGAACGUGGGGUAUGCUUUCAAUCGAAGUGUGUGGGAGCAGAUUCAGAAGUCCCACAAGCUUGCCAAUCUGGCCGCCCUCAUUCGUGUGAAGAACGCGCGGUGCCCCGAGUGCGUGGCGGUCACGCUCGCCCCUUCGAACGUGCUGUCGAGAUUGGAGAGCGGUCUGUGGGCGUUUGUGCGCGAGAGGAUGGGGAAUGUGGGGUAUGCGUUCAAUAAGAGCGUGUGGGAACAGAUUCAGAAAUCCCACAAGUACUUUUGCUACUUUGACGAUUACAACUGGGACGUGUCGCUCUGCUAA